AUGGCGCCCCAGUCCUCCAUCCCGGUCGCGGCGACGGUCCUCGGGACGAUAGGAACGAUCCUGUGGUGCGUCCAGCUCGUGCCGCAGAUAUGGACCAACUGGCGCACCAAGUCCACGGACGGCCUGCCGGGCUCCAUGAUGUUCCUGUGGGCGAUAUGCGGCGUCCCCUUCGGCGCCUACAGCAUCAUCCAGAACUUCAACGUCCCCAUCCAGGUCCAGCCACAGUGCUUCAUGGGGCUCUGCCUCGUCAGCUGGGCCCAGGUCCUCGUCUACGGCCGCCGGUGGCGCGCCUGGACCGCGGCGCUGGUGGGCGUCGCCGUCACCGCUGCGUGUGCCGGCAUUGAGGCUGCUUUGAUCCUGACUUUACGGCCAAUCUACCUUGAAGGCAAUGAGACGCCGGUGCUGGUUGUGGGUAUAGCGGCAUCUGUACUUCUCGCUGCAGGCCUCCUCCCGCCUUACGGCGAGAUUUGGAAAAGAAGGGGCAGGGUUAUCGGUAUCAACUGGGUCUUCCUGGCGAUGGACUGGAGCGGCGCCUUCUUCUCGCUUAUGGCACUGGUUGCACAAAACACGUUUGACGUGCUAGGAGGUGUGCUGUAUAUCAUCUGUGUGAUACUAGAACUUGGUAUCUUCACCUCCCACUUCAUCUGGCUCAUCAGAACAUACAAGGUCCGGAAACAAGCGAAAGAGCAGGGCAAGACUUUCAACGACAUCGCACUGGAGCACGAGGAGCUUGGCAUUCCGUUCAAAUUCGCAGAGAGGAAGAGCAAGAAGGAGAGACGCAAGCGACAAAAAGACGCCGAGGAGGGCACCGUGGUAGAAGCUCGGACCGAAGAGCCGUCGCAAACCGCAGCCGGGAGGGAGAGUUCGGCGGACGAGUCACCGGAGCACGGAGCUGGACAGACCGGGAAGGGCAUUCGAGAGAAAGAUCCUUGA